CUUGCUUGUAUUGCUGCCCAUCAGCACGACUCGUCGCAGACGGGCAAGAUUCUCGAACAUGAGCGGGAAGGCAGUUCGAAAGCAGCACAUGGUGAGCGAUUGCUGUUGGAACAGAACAAAAGCCACACUUUAGAAGAAGCCGGUGCUGAUGCUGAGGUAGUUGGGAGAGAGCAGCGGACCGCUCUUGUGAAACAGAACGCAGCGCAGAUCGGGAAAGACAUUGAAAGUGCGCUGGCGAAUGCGUUGCAGACGAAUAGGGAGACGAUUCACGUGCAGUCGAUGUAUCUAGAAGCUGGUGGAAUGCUGUUUGUCGAUUACGCUGUCUCGGCGUUACACACUAGCAAUGCUGCGUUUUUUGACGCAGGUACUAUGGAUAUGGAGAAGAACCAGGAACAACUACGGGCACACAAGAAGGUGGAAGACUUCGAUCCGCCUGAAGCUAGUACACCAAGCAAGUUGAAGAUGUCCUCCGUCGAUGCGGAUCAGAUUCAGAAGCACGACCGCUGGGUGGAAAACCUUAGCCUUCGAGGAGGAGUCUUGCAAUUGAAUGGAGACAGAAGCGGAAACGACGUGAUCGAUUCAUUUCUUGAACGUGGAACUACAGCCAGCAAUCAGGUCGCUGGAGAUGGUGGUCCAGACGAGGACUUGGCAGAUGACCACAUGGACAUUCUGAAUGAGGAACAAGAAGACGAAAAAGACAAGUCAUCCAACAAGGCUAAAAAAAGCAACACUGCAGAAUCAACAUCGUUCCUCCUUGAGCAGGAGAUUGAGGACGAUGAAGAAGAUGAUACGGAUUAUCAUGAGGUAUACGAUGAGGACGAUCCUGUCUGGUUUCAGCAACAGCUUGAACGCCUGCAGAUGGCAUUAGACGAAUCCGUCCGAUGGAAACGGCAGCUAUCUACUUCCUUCAGAGCAGGAGGGACGCCCAUCAAUCAGAAUCAUGAGGCUUUCGAAAACCAGCAGUUGCGAAGGAGAUUUACACGAAGUACUUCUGCAAGCAGUGGGACAGCAACAGCAAAUGACAUCACAGGGAUGAAUCUGAAUAUUGAUAGUAGCGGCCACCUCAAGACGAGUGACGUCGGAAAAGCUGGAGAUGCGUGGAGAGGGCAUUUUCGCAGAGAUCAUGA